AUGUUGGACGGGGCAUCAAGUGCGGGUCCCGCGGAGGCAGUGGGUCGCAGGUCAGACACUGAACUCCGUGCCUUUAAGGCGUCCGGAGGCGGGGCCUGGAGGGCGGGCCCAGAUGCCCGAUUCCAGCCAGGCGCUCUCCUCCCCUUUAAGGCGCGGCAGCGGCGGGACUCCGACGGCCCCUUUAAGGCUCCCGGGAAGGGGAGCCGGGGCCGCCAGGGCGCGGCUGUGGCCCCCAUUGCACCUCCCCAGCUCUCUGGGCUCCGCGUCAAACUAGGUUCCCAGGUGUCCCUCUUCUCUACUCCAGACUCCCUGCCUGGAUCACCCAAGCGCACGGUUGAUGUUUCAGCAACGUUUGUUGAGGUGGCGGUGUUCAUAGGAGAGACUGGAGGAAGGGUGGCCACAGACCACAACUCAGACAACACAACGGCCGUGCUGCGGGAAUGGCUGGUGGCCGUGAAGAAUCUGUACCACUCGGUAGAGUGGCGGCCGGCAGAGGAGCCCCGGUCCUACCAAGACGAGGAGGGCCCCAAGCACUGGUCCGACGCGCGCUACGAGCACGUCAUGAAGCUGCGCCAGGCGGCCCUGAAGUCUGCCCGGGACAUGUGGGCUGAUUACAUCUUGUUUGUGGACGCAGACAACCUGAUCCUGAACCCUGACACGCUGACGCUGCUCAUCGCCGAGAACAAGACGGUGGUGGCGCCCAUGCUGGAUUCCCGGGCUGCGUACUCCAAUUUCUGGUGUGGGAUGACUUCUCAGGGCUACUACAAGCGCACGCCUGCCUACAUCCCCAUUCGCAAGCGGGACCGCCAGGGCUGCUUCGCGGUCCCCAUGGUGCACUCGACCUUCCUGAUCGACCUGCGGAAGGCAGCGUCCAGGAACUUGGCGUUCUACCCUCCACACGAGGACUACACCUGGGCCUUCGAUGACAUCAUCGUUUUCGCCUUCUCCUGCAAGCAGGCCGAGGUCCAGAUGUACGUGUGCAACAAGGAGAUGUAUGGCUUCCUGCCAGUGCCGCUGCGGUCACAUAGUACCCUCCAGGAUGAGGCUGAGAGCUUCAUGCAUGUGCAGCUGGAAGUUAUGGUGAAGCACCCCCCAGCAGAGCCCUCCCGGUUUGUCUCGGUGCCUACCAAGAUGCCUGACAAGAUGGGCUUCGAUGAGGUCUUCAUGAUCAACCUGAAGCGGCGGCAGGACCGGCGGGAACGCAUGCUCUGGGCGCUGUGGGCGCAGGAAAUCAAGGUCCGGCUGGUGGAGGCUGUGGACGGCAAAGCCAUGAACACCAGCCAGGUGGAGGCACUGGGCAUCCAGAUGCUGCCCGGCUACCAGGACCCCUACCAUGGGCGGCCCCUCACCAAGGGAGAGUUGGGCUGCUUCCUCAGCCACUAUAACAUCUGGAAGGAGGUCGUGGAGAAGGGACUGAAGAAAUCGCUGGUCUUCGAGGAUGACCUGCGCUUCGAGAUCUUCUUCAAGAGGCGCCUGAUGAACCUCAUGCGGGAUGUGGAGAGGGAGGAUCUGGACUGGGACCUCAUCUAUGUGGGCCGGAAGCGGAUGCAGGUGGAGCACCCCGAGAAGGCUGUGCCCCGCGUGAGGAACCUGGUGGAGGCCGACUACUCCUACUGGACACUGGCCUACGUCAUCUCCCUGCAAGGCGCCCGCAAGCUGCUGGCGGCCCAGCCGCUCUCCAAGAUGCUGCCCGUGGACGAGUUCCUGCCAGUCAUGUUCGACAAGCACCCAGUGUCCGAGUAUAAGGCCCACUUCUCCCCUCGCAACCUGCGCGCCUUCUCCGUGGAGCCUCUGCUCGUGUUCCCCACGCACUACACGGGGGACGACGGGUACGUGAGCGACACAGAGACCUCGGUUGUGUGGAACAACGAGCACGUCAAGACCGACUGGGACCGUGCCAAAUCCCAGAAGAUGAGGGAGCAGCAGGCCCUGAGCCGAGAGGCCAAAAACUCGGAUGUGCUCCAGUCCCCGCUGGACAGCGCUGCCCGGGACGAGCUCUGAGGGGCAGUGGCCACAGCAGCCUCCGUGUGCUUGCUGGGGACAGCAGGGCCCCUGCGGACCCUGGCAGGCCUUGGAGGGCUCUCCAUGCAGGGUGGUGGCCAGCCAGCUCUUGCUCAGCAAUCUUGUACACACAGGCAGCAUUAAUGGAGUGCCUACUGUAUACCAGGC